GGUCUUGAACUAGAACUCACGGCUUGAUUUCGGACAAAAUGCGUUUCCUAUGCAGGAUCAUAUGUUUUACUUUAGUGAUCUCCGUUGUGGCUGAUGGUAAAUUGAAUGGAAAUGUCGUUCUUGAAUCAGAAUCUGUUGAGGAACGUGCAGUAACGUUAAGUCCUGCGGUAGCUAGCAGCCUUGCCGCCAGUCUGCACCAUCUCUCCAGCGUUUUUCAUCAUCUAAACUUUACAGCACUGAAGCAUUUAAAUCUAACAACACUGGGACACCUUUCUCCUGUCACUCUACAUGGAAAUGCCACAAACCACUGGUGUUGCAAUACUGCUACGACUAAGAAAAUAGUAAAGAGCCACUCACAGCUGAUAUACACGAAGCAGAUCAGAGACCGUGUUUCACAUCACCACUGUGGAUUUUUGGGAACGAGUCGCUGUGCACGACACCACUACUACUACAUAUCAGUACCAGCUUAUAAAAGGACAUACUCAACUCAAACCAUCCACACCUCAUGUCCAAGUCAAAAUCUGGUUUGCUGUAAGGACUACAUUCUUAUAGCUGAUAAUUGUGUUCCACUGAACGAAAUUCCCAAUAUAAAGGAUGACUUGAUCAAGCUUCAUAACGCCAACAUUCCUGUUGGGAAAUGAUUCACUGGGCAAAUUUCUAAACAAAAA